CAUUCACAAGUUGAGUCAAUAGAACAAACAUCUCAAUAUUGAACAAAGAAGAGCGAUACCCCGAUCAACUCACCAACCGUGCUUGGUCGAUUCUCUCCAUCAUCACUCUCUAUCCAAGCCUCCUGGUCGUUCUAGCAAAGUACCAAGAUGGCAUCUCAAUUCCAAGAUGAUGGGCAAAAUGCUCUCCCACCUGUCAAUAUCAAGCCUCUUCUGACCAAGCUCUGGCCUAACGAGUCUGCUGUCUCUCCUCAGGAGAUUGCCGAGGCGAUCUCUCACUUUUUCACAAAUCAGGUCACUGAGGCUCAAACAGCUUCUCUUCUCAUGGCAUUGCAUUUCACAAAGCUUGACUUCAGAGCUGAUGUUUUGGCUGAGUGCGCCCGUGUCAUGCGAGAGGCCGCUGCAUCUAUUCCUGUAGAGGAGCUGAAGGAAGUUAUUGAACGAAGAGGGCGAAAGGAGGGGGAUUACAACGGUGGAUUGUGUGACAUUGUUGGAACUGGAGGUGAUGGCCAUGAUACCUUCAACAUCAGCACCACCUCAUCCAUCCUGGCCUCAGCCUUGCUCAUGGUUUCCAAGCACGGUAACAAAGCCAGCACCUCAAAGUCUGGCAGUGCUGACUUGGUCGCUUGUAUGAAGCCUCAGCCUCCUAUCAUCAGCGCCAUCCGCCCUGACACUUUGGUCAAGGCUUACUCUGAGACUAACUACACUUUUCUGUUUGCCCCGGUGUUCCACACUGGUAUGCGCUACGUCGCACCCAUCCGCAAGCAACUGCCCUGGAGGACAGUUUUCAACAAUCUCGGCCCCUUGGCCAACCCUGUUGAAGAUGUGCUUGAAGCCCGUGUCAUUGGUGUUGGCCGAAGGGAUCUUGGUCCGGCCUUCGCCGAGGCGCUGUGCAUGGCUGGUUUCAAAAAGGCUCUCAUCAUCUGCGGCGAGGAAGAACUUGAUGAAGUCAGCUGCGCUGGCAACACCCUGUGCUGGAGGGUCAACGAGACCAGUGCUGGAAGGCUCGAGGUUGAGCACUUCACCGUGCACCCGAGCGACUUUGGUCUGAGCACCCAUCCCCUGGAUACAGUGUCAUCUGGUAAAGAACCCUCCGAGAAUGCAGAGAUCUUGUCUCGAAUUCUGCACAAUGAGUUGCCUGACGAUGACCCGAUUCUUGAGUUUGUUCUCCUCAACACUGCGGCUUUGCUCGUCACAUCAGGUAUCUGUGAGUCUGAUACCAGCAACAUGGGUGAGGGGGAUGACGGCAAGGUCAUCACUGAGCGCGGCCCUGGUGGGCAGCGCUGGAAAGAGGGUAUCCGAAGAGCUCGCUGGGCCCUCCAGAGCGGCGAGGCCUGGAGACAGUGGGAAAAAUUUGUCAAGGUCACAAAUGAAAUCGGCGCUUAAGAGAUAGGAACACGUUAUUACGAUUGAAAAUGUUAUCAUACAUAAAGGCUUCAUUCUCAUUACACCUCUGACAUGUCAAAGGCCGUUCCCGUCGUCUCAACGCCACUGCUCCCAUGGUAUAAAUAAUUCCAGUUCUUGUCUAAAAGUUAUGUAGAGAUAUGUUGGUAUAUGUCGUGAUUGUGGGUUUUGUUUCAUGGUCCAUACUUCAUGCUUCAAGCCUGUGGUAUUAAAACGCUCUUCCUAUUUCUGGCGAAGCUGGGCUUGUUGUUGAAGUUGAUGUCGUUGGUGACAGCGGAGAGUAGGGGUUGGUUGAACUUGAUGAGAAAGAUUGUGGUUGAGGUCGGGAUGAGGAGGAUCCUGCGUGAGUUUGUAUUCUCGAGCGAUCGACUCCCGGGUGCCUUCGCAUCAGCGUUGAUUUAUUUCGCUGAAUAUCAGCUUCGUAUGCUUUCCAGUCUGUCCUGAGACUUGUAUUUCUAUCCUCCUCUUCAGUGUCGUUUUCAUCUUCCUGUCGCACAGUUGCUCGUGAAGAGGCGCGACUUUGUAAUGACUUUCGAAUUAUUUUGGAUCGCUGAAAAUCUUCCUUUUCGUUCUUAUCUAGCCCUGACUUUGUGCGCUUCUUCUUGCCAAGAGAGAAAGAAGGAGAUCGGUCUUCACGUUGACAUUGGCGUGGUUUGACCCACGAGUAUAAAUAACUUAGGAUAGGCAUGAUGAUAGGAGAGGAAAACGAAAGAAAGAGAACGAAUGAAAGGACGAGCAAGAGAUCGAUAACCUGCCAGAUGCCUACUUUAGUAUCUUGACAGCAGAUAUCGGUAAUUACAAUAAGAUUUCAAGCCUUCCGUGAAUGGGCGGGGAUAUCCUGGGGAGCCACAAGUUAUGAAUGGAUGAUCCUAGGAACGGGUAAACGGUUACGUGCCGUGCAAGGCCACGUAACUACGGGGAUGGUUAUGAUAUGUUAGUUUAUGGCAGAACCUCUGUUAUCCGUAGGCCAAAGAUUAGUUGAUCUUUGCCUUGGCUGGACUGAUCUGUCUGGUGUGGUCAAGGGCGCACUACGGCUCGCACACUUGAGGCGCGGUUCUAUAAAUG